AUGGCUCAAUUAAAUUUGUAUNUUAGUCCAAACGUGAAGAGAGGCCAUUUCACUGACCAAGAAGAAGAUCUGAUCAUUAGACUCCACAAGUUGCUUGGUAAUAGGUGGUCUUUGAUAGCUAAAAGAGUUCCAGGUCGAACGGACAAUCAAGUGAAGAACUAUUGGAAUACACAUCUAAGUAAAAAAAUUGGAACAGAAAAUCAAACAAUCAAAUCGAUCAGCAAUCAGAUGAACAAUUUGGGGAAUAUGACAGAUGCAUCCGAAGAAAGAUUAUUGAAUGUGAAAUUUGAUAAUAAAAGCAUUCUCGGAGAUGAGAGAUUGCUUAUGAGCGAAGGUCUUGGCCUUCUCCAUCAAGCGAGUUCGUCGCUUUGGGGUCAUCAUGAGGAUGCUUUUGAGCCUAACACACUCACCUACAUGAUGGAUUUCAUUGAUGGACAAUGUUAUUAAUGUUUUUUUGUUUUAUUGGCUGCAUUUUAUCUACUUUUUCAAAAUUAUUUUCUCUUUUCUACAUUAUGUAAUUUUUUGUGGUGGUCAUAAACGAAAGGACAUGCACACUCGGAAGUUACUGAGACAAAGCAAUAAUAAUAAGCCAGAGUCAUAAAC